AUGUCCAACCCAGAAGACACAGAAGAAGAAUUCUACGUGAGUAAAGAUGGACAAAUUUCAGUCUCGCUUGUAGAUGAUAAAAGUCGUCUAGAUAAACUGAAAUUGCUGGUACAGGCCCGUGAACGUGAGCUUCGACAGGCAGCAGAAUACGGUCUCGGUCUCCUUGAAGCUAAUGAAGAAUUGCAAAUGCAAGUGAAAACACUCAAAAUUCAGUUGGAAACUGAGACAGAGGAGCUCGUGGUUGAAAGAGAUGCGUGGAAACGACGUACGGAGCAUGCAAAGCACGAGAUUAUACAAUGGAAACGCAAAUAUGCGCGUGUGGAAGAGGAGAAGACGAUAUUAGCGGAAGAGUUUGAGCAGUUUGUCGACCACUGUGAAUGCCGUCGCCAGGAUAUUGUACCUGCUACUGAUGAUGUUUCAGUGAGUAGUGAGAACGAGUACUCGCAUCACUUGGACACGAUCGCUCAGCUUCAGACAGAAUUACAAAAAGUUCAAAUGCUUGACCACUCGAAAGAAAUGGAGCUGAAGUUGUUGAGAGAAUGGAAACAGAUAGCAGAGCAACAGCAACAUGAGACUUGUGAGUGCGAAGUGUUUGCUGAAGAAAGUGAGAAUUUGCACAAGAAGAAAUUACUGCAAGAACUAAAUGCUACUCAACGUGGCAUAAAUGAACUUAAGAUCGAAAACGAUGCAUUGCAUAAAGCCGCACAACAGCACGAGACAGACAUGCAAUUGUUGAAGAAACAACUCCGAGUUGCAGAAGAAGCGAAAGAUGAUACAUUGGUGCACAGCAAUAGAGUAAGUGAGGAACUGCUAUCGUCCGAGUCGCGAUGUCAACGGCUUCAACGCGAGCUCGAGCUGCUGCAACACAUUUCGUACUUUUCACAGGCAAUCGUUGACCGCGACGACGAAGAAAGUGACGAAGACGAUGAAAGUAUUGAAGUGAAGGAUAUCCAGAGAUUAUAA